AUGUCGACAGUCGGAGCCGUGCGAGGCCCGGCGUUCCUCACUCGUUCCCUGGUGUUCACUCCCUCCCAUAUCAACUACCGUGCGGGCAAAUCCUCUCGUCGUGAUCCAGCCCUUGCUUACCGUGUCUUUCUAGACCUGCACCGGAACAUCCGAAGAAGUCUCAAUCCGUACAAGACGCAUGCACGCCGAUCGCUCCAUUCUUCAGCACGGUCUGCAUCCUCUACAUCUUCCUCCUCAUCUGCGAUCCCACAUAUCUCGUUACACAUCGCCGCGUCGUCGAGCGGCAAGGGGCGGAAAUACAAGCCGGAACUGAACACGGUUGACUACCAACCCAGCAAUAUCGAGGCCCUGGGCCUGCAACGCGGCACGACGCUCGACGAAAGAAGGUCCGGCCGGCCGGACAGCGGGCAAGACGCGUAUUUUGUGGCGCGCGUAGGCCAGGAUCCAGACACCACGGCCUUUGCGAUCGCGGAUGGCGUGGGAGGAUGGAGCGAUCAUGGGAUCGACCCGGCCGACUUCUCGCACGGCCUGUGCAGCUACAUGGCGGAAACGGCGCUGUCGUGGCCCCACGACGAGAAACUCUCCCCGCAGCGGCUGCUGGAGAUAGGGUACGAGAAGACCAUCGAGGACCCGACCAUCCUGGCUGGGGGCACCACCGCCUGCGUCGCGAUCACGCAGGGUGACGGGAGGAUGCGGAUCGCAAACCUGGGCGACUCGGGCUUUCUACAGCUCCGUCUGGGGACGGUGCACCACUCGUCGACUCCACAGACGCAUGCCUUCAACACGCCAUACCAGCUGAGCCUGACUCCGCCGGAGAUGCUCGCGCAGGCCCUGAUCUUCGGCGGCGUGCCUCUGAACGAUAAGCCCGACCGCGCCGAUCUCGCCGACCACAUGCUUCGCCAUGGCGACGUGCUGGUGCUCGCCACAGAUGGAGUUUGGGACAACCUCAAUUCGCAGGACGUCCUGUCCAUCGUGUCCAACACCAUGCGGACGGCGGGUGCGUGGCUCAGAACCCCCGAACAAGGUUACACGGUCUCCCCUGUCCUCUCCGAGCUGGUGGACAAGUCAGCCGCCACGCAGAAGCACAAGCUGCCUGGGUCGUUGCAGAGUGUCCUUGCAGCGGCGAUAGUCGGUGAAGCCAAGACAGCCAGUCACAAUGCCAAGCGAGACGGCCCGUUCGCCAAAGAAGUGCAGAAGAAUUUCCCCUAUGAUCCGUGGCAUGGCGGCAAAGUGGAUGAUAUUUCCGUCUUGGUCGUGAUCCCGGUUGACGUGGCCAUGGCGAAAGAGAAUGAGCAGAUCAGAGCCAAGUUGUGA